AUGAUAGAAAAAGGAUAUAAAGCUGGUUUUUGUUUAGGUGGUAUUACUUCUCAUCAAGUAAAACUAUUAGAAGAAAACUUAACUAAUUUAUUGAUUGAUGUUCAAUCAUUCGAUUUGGGUGCUGCCGAAUCAUUAUUAAAAAAUGAAAAACAUAUCGAAAUAGAUGCAGAUAUGUAUGCAAACCCAUUUAAUAAAAGUCCUUAUUGUAAUAAACUAGACUUUGUUAUUCUUUCGGCUCUAGAAGUUGAUGUUAAUUUUAAUGUCAAUGUUAUUACUGGAUCAGAUGGAGUAAUUAGGGGGGCUAGUGGAGGCCAUUCAGACACUGCAAUGGGAGCUAAAGUUUCUAUAGUAGCGCUUCCACUUUUUAGAGGUAGAAUACCUUGUAUAACAAAUAAAGUUAUUACUAACAUAACUCCAGGUGAGUCGGUAGAUGUAAUAGUAACUGAUUUUGGGAUAGCUGUUAAUCCUAAUCGUCAAGAUUUAAUCAAAACUUUAAAAGCUAAAAAAAUCCCAUUAGUCAAUAUUCAACACCUAGCUGAUCAAGCUCAAAACCUUUUAGAUCAAAACAAUCCUAUUGAAAUUAAAAAUAAGUUAUUAGCUAUAGAAGAGCAAUUUCCAUUUAAUAGAAUUAUUGACUUUGAUGUAUACAAUUUAGAGUAUAAACCUAUUAAAAGAGUAAAUAGAAGAUUAUGUUUGAUAUGUGAUAAUAACUGA